AUGAAUGUGAAGAUUCUGCAUCAGCAGUUUCUCUGUCGUUCAGAACAUCGUUUGCUUCUUCGAUCUGACAAUGCUGACAGCCGUCUCACACCUCUGGGAUAUGAAAUUGGCUUGAUAGAUGAUAGACGCUGGAAAGUGUACCAAGACAAGCAAGCUCGAAUUUUAGAAGAAAAAAAGCGAUUGAAAACUGUCAGAAUUUCAGGUCAAUCUUCUCAUUUUCUUUGGAAAGAUGUCAUUCUUUUAUUAUCAUCAUUGUUGUCGUCAUCACCAUCUAAAUCAUAG